AUGCGACAGCAGAACAGGUUGUGUCAAAUGCAUUCCUUCCUUCAUGGUGAGUUAUCUGAGACUGUUUUUAUGCGCCAACCUAAGGGGUAUGAGCAUCCAGAUUAUCCCCAUUAUGUCUGCAAGUUGCAACGUGCUCUAUAUGGUCUUAAACAAUCUCUGAGGGAUUGGUUCCAUCGUCUUGCUCGUUUUCUUCUUGAUCUCGGUUUGAAGAAAUGUGUUGCAGACCAAAGCAUGUUCAUUUUUCACUUCAGGAGUGAUUGCAUUAUUCUUUUAAUUUAUGUGGAUGAUAUAGCUAUUUUUGGUUCUUCAAAGUCCUUAAUAUCACAAUUUAUAUCUUCCAUGAGUACAGAAUUCUCAAUGAAGGACUUGGGACAACUUCACUACUUUCUUGGCAUUGAGUUAAAACAUAAUUCUUUGGGACUUCUCUUACUGCAACAUCGUUACAUUACUUCAAUUCUGCAUCGCUUUAAAUUGGAAAAGUGUAAACCAGAGCUUACUCCACUUCAUAGUAAGCUUGAUUGGAAUUCCACCUCUUCCCCUUUGCUUGAAUAUCCUUCUAUCUAUCGUCAAAUGGCGGAAAAACAGAUUUUUCGGUAUCUUAGUGGCACCAUCGAUUGGGGCUUACAGUUGUAUAAAAGUUCUCCCUUGGCACUUACUGUUUUCUCAGACUCGGAUUGGGCUGGUUGUUCUGUUGGAGUUGAAGUAAGAAAGCAGUCCAAUCACACGCAUGCCCAAUCUGAAGCUCAUCCCACAUGA